AAAUCUCACAACACCAAAUGCAUUUGAGUGACUCACUGUUGGAGCCUUGAUGAGCUAAAUCCAAGAAAACAGAGCUUUUCUUCACAUUCUCAGAACGGAGAGACAAUGAAGUCUUGAGGACUUUAUAGUCAGAGGGUCAGACUUUAUCCAUGGUCCUCCCGAUGCUAGCUCUCUCCAGGAGUUCUGCAGCUUCAAGGUGGAGACUAUGCCUGCGCCGCUCUGCCCUCUCCGUGGGGAGCACUACCGCGAGCGGCUGGCCCCCCACCACGGCCAGGCCCCCGUUUCUAAGAACCCAGACUGCUGUGUUUCACCAAAGCAAAGCCAAAGCCAGUCCUGACUCAAACAAGCCCGCUUCAGUGUUGUCCUCGGGAUCCGGGCUGGAGUGGGAGCUGUUUGGGAUAGGAAUGUGGUCUCUGGGUCUGGGUGCUGUUGGAGCUGCAUUAGCCGGGAUCUUUCUGGCCAACACGGAUCUGUGUCUGUCUAAAGCUUCCAACGCAACGCUGGAGUACCUUGAAGAAGCUGACCUGCGCUCCACCGCAGAGGAUGGCAAAGUCAUCAAAGCACAGAGCCUGUGGGAGACGAACGGGGCUGUGGUCAUGGCCGUACGGCGGCCUGGAUGAUUUUUGUGCAGAGAGGAGGCCUCUGAGCUGUCCUCUCUCAAGCCCCAGCUGGAAGAGCUCGGGGUCCCUCUGGUCGCGGUGGUGAAGGAGAACGUCGGCACAGAGAUCCAGGACUUCAGACCGCACUUCGCUGGGGACAUUUACAUCGAUGAGGAGAAACGCUUCUACGGCCCGCUGGAGAGGAAGAUGGGGGGUCUGGGGUUCAUUCGCCUCGGUGUGUGGCAGAACUUCAUGAGGGCGUGGAGGUCUGGUUACCAGGGCAACAUGAAUGGCGAGGGCUUUGUCCUUGGGGGAGUGUUUGUCGUUGGAGCAGGAGACCAGGGGAUUCUUCUUGAACACCGUGAGAAGGAGUUCGGUGAUAAGGUGGAGAUCACAGAUGUUCUAGCGGCUGUUAAGAUGAUUAUGCCAGUGAAAGACGAGUAGAUGGCAUUAGACAGAGAGCAGGUGCACUGUGUUAGGAUCAAAACUAGAGCUCAGACAUAAUUAGCAUUUUUAACUUGACACACUGAGUUGCACUUAAAGUCUGUCCAUCACUGAAGUACUCACGUUUUAAUAACAUUUAAGCUUAAUAUCACAAUAUUGUCUGUAUUUGACACAUGAACCUACAGGAGGGUACUAAAGUCAAGCUGUGAAAUAAAGGACAGAGGACUUCUCAGUUUUUUUCCGCUUUACCUCUGCAGAGUGUUGAAGCCAGGGUCUUCUGGAUGGGUAUUAAAAGGUAGUAAGGGAUUUAAAAGCAGCUUUCUCAUUCAGGUACAUUCAUUAAUUUAAGAUCACUUGAAUCCUUUAGAGAACCAUGAGUCGACCUAAAGGCCGGAUUACACAGUAAAUUAAUUAUUCUAUUCAUUCUGAUAGUAAUGUAUUUUUAAUAACGUUCCUGUGUGUUACUAAUGUUUGCCUCUUCUGGUCUGGCACCUCAGUGAGCUCCAAACAUGGUGGACGAGUGUGUGUGGUCUGUGUGUGUGACAAUGACAACCUGACUCUAAACUCAGCAGUGAGAGGAGCUGGUUUGAUGCUCUAACACAUUCAGGCCUCAGAUGCUGUCGCCAUGUUGAGGAGUGUUUGUGGUGCCUUGAAGCAGGCGUGGCUUGCAUGUGUGUUUUGCAUGUGUGAGAGAUGGAGAGACUGAAAAUUAAAGGUAGAAAUAAAGAAGACCUCAUCAUGUCA